AUGGUGUUGAGUGAGGCAGGACUUCUUGAAAAUUUCAAAUCUGCUAAAAGGCGGUACUGUACGGUUAAAAUGCUGAGCACCGGAGAGGUUGCUGUGGACAUCAGGAAAACCCGUGACACUCCACCCAAGCGUCCACAAAUGAUUGUUCAGUCUGCUGAGCUGCGAUCCAUGCGAAAGGGUCGAACGGUGUUAGAGGGUUUCAUUGCAGUUGUGGAGCGCAAGGUUCUAUCUUUGUAUGUACUAUUACGCAACAAAAUUGUGUGUGUGCAAGGACAAUUUAAUGCCAACAACAACAACUGCUCUUGA